UCCUUGUGCAUUGUUGAUUUCUCGUUGGAAGAGCUAAUUAUGAGGCAUAAAUUCCAUCUGCUGUGGCUCUUAAUCAGCCUUGAAUGUUCCAGCUCGCAAAAGCCAACAAGCCCAAUGACUGCAGCUACAGUAAAUUGUUCAAACUGCGAUUCCAAUGCUUCAUGCGAAGAACAUGGAGACCUGCAUCGAUGUGUCUGCAGAGAAGGAUUCACCGGAGAUGGUGCCACUUGCUUUGAUAUAGACGAGUGUUCCCACACUGAUUUGAAUCGUUGUCACUCUUUAGCGAUCUGUAUUAACAACCAGGGCAACUAUUCCUGUUCUUGUCCCAAGGGCUACAAAGGCGAUGGCUACCACUGUGAAGCUACCACUGGUUUUGCUGAGGACUGUGUGGGAAUCAAUGGAUCCCGUAGUUGCGUCGACCCAUGUUUGAGCCACACGGUUCUGGAACAGUCAUGGAGAAGCAUGUCCUAUGGGUCAGGAUCCAACUGUGACAGUGAUAAAAUUGGGUGGUAUCGGUUUGUAGGCCAUGGAGGAACUCGUAUGCCUGAAACCUGUGUACCAAAACGGAGGUGCAAUACUUUUGCACCUAUGUGGUUAAAUGGCUCACAUCCCACCAGUGAUACUGGAAUAGUAAAUCGCAUUGCCUGUGCCAAUUGGGAGGGAGCUUGUUGCUAUUGGUCCAUCCCUGUCCAGGUGAAAGCUUGUGUUGGUGGCUAUUAUGUCUACAAACUUGAUGGGACACCAACCUGUACCUUGUCUUAUUGCACAGAUCCCAAGUACAUUGACAACCCAUGUCCCCAAUGCAACACAGAGGAAGAAUGCAGGCUGGAGAAUGGAGAAUGGGGUUGCUAUUGCAGUACAGGAUCCCCCAGCUCUGAUAUUUCCAGCUUGGAACCACAACUGGAAUGUGGUGCGAAUGAAAUCAAAGUCUCUUUGGAAAAAUGUAUCCUGAAUCAAAUGGGGAUCCAUAAUGCAGUCGUGUACUUGAGGGACUACAAGUGUGCUGGUUUCGAAGAAAAGCAAAACAGGACCAUGAUCUCAGUGGUCACUCCCACACAAAGUGGCCAAUGCGGAACACAGUUGACAAAAAAUGAAACCCACGCUACAUAUAGUAACACACUAUAUCUGGCAGAUGGGACUGUCACCAGGGAGGAUGAAAUCAAAAUUAAUUUUCACUGCUCGUACCCGCUGGAUAUGGAAAUCAGUCUCGAAACAGCCAUCCAGCCCAUUGUCAGUUCAGUCAACAUCAGCACUGGAGCAGCAGGAGUGUUUCUAGUUAAGAUGGCUCUUUACAGAGAUCAGAAUUACACGUCACCCUAUGAGGGAGCAAAGGCCAUAUUAUCAACAGAAGACUGGCUGUAUGUUGGCGUCAUGAUCACUGAAGGAGACACAUCUCAGUUCGUCCUGCAGAUGGAUAAUUGUUUUGCAACACCAACAGAAAAUGCCACGGAUCCCUUGAAAUAUUACAUAAUUCAAAACAGAUGCCCGAACACACAGGAUUCAACAAUAGAAGUCCCAGAAAAUGGAGUUGGGCCUCAGGGACAGUUUUCUCUUCAAGUAUUCAAGUUUGUUGGGAAUCAUAACCUUGUUUACCUCCAUUGUGAAAUCCGUCUCUGUGACACUAGCACUGAAACAUGCAAACCAAGUUGCUCCAAAAUUGGAAGCCGCCGGGCUGCUGAAGUGAGGGUUGACACUUAUAGUUUGACACUGGGUCCUCUCUUCCAAAGAGGUUUCCCAUCAGAGGCUGGUUCUGCUGCUGCAUCCUAUGCUUUACAAGGAGCAUGUGUUACUGUGCUGAUACCGGCUACAAUGAGCUUGUUUCUGCAUUCAUUUACCUAGAAGAAAGUCAGAGCGGCUCACUCUGCUGAAAAGACAAAUGGAUGAAGAUAACAUGAUGCAGAACAAUGUGCUACCUCCCUUAUUCUAUUGGUGGGAGAAUCUAGGCUGAUACGCUUUUCUUAAAUUUGUUCAGUCUUCUGUUGAUCUAGUCUUCCUGCUAGUUUCCCUUGUAGGGGCAGCUAGAAACCAAAGGAUGUUCCAGGCGCAAAAUAUCAUUUCAAUGUGUUGAGGGAAGAUAAUAAGGUUGUGACUGCCAACUAGUUAUGAUGCUCAUAUGUCACCUUUAGUAUCAGAAGCUAUUAGUCCCAACUAGAGUAGAUCUCUUGAACCAGUGGCAUACAUCUAAGUGUACCUUAGCAACUUUCAUUUGUUUCAAAACGUAUGCUCACUAACAGCUGGAUUCAGUUGAUAGGCAGGACAUGCAUUUGGAGGAAGGAAACUUUUGCACUCAGGCCCUUCUUAGGAGGAGGUCAAUCUGGGAACAAAAUGCUGCUUCGAGAAGCCUGUUCUUGUCACAAUGGUGGGAAAGGUUGUGAUUUAUAGUUUUCCCCUUCCUCAAUCAUGGCCUCCCUAUGCUGCGCACUGGACUGAUUGUCUCAGAGACAAGCUAGAAAAAAAAAUCAACCUAUACAUAGCAGAGUCCUUAUCAGUUAUC